CAUGUAUGUGAGAUCAGUGGACUUGUCGCUACUGCCUUUGAUGAUCUCAUCGUGCCAAAUUUCUCUCCCAGCACGGUCGAUGAUAACGCGAGCACGAGAUCGGCGAUAAUCGCAUGCUAUUGCUCUGCAAGGCAAGUAGUUCUGAAACGCGAUUAGGUCUACAAAGAAGAAAGAUAGACUUGUUGUUGCUUCAACCCAACUACGCUAAAUGGUGAAAAUGACACCGUUGGAUGAGGGGAGGAUUAGACAGGGACUGUCUAAGAAGAGAAUAUUGUUCUUCAGUAUCAAAAUCCAGAUAUAACAAAGAAGCAUGUGGCGAGCGUCUUGAAUCUUUACAAAGGCUUGGUGUAUAAAAUCGAGCCUUUUGUUUUCAAUGAUGGCUCACGCAAGGAACUACUCAAUUUGCAAGGAACUAUACCUGUUAUUUACAAGGGUUCUUGUUAUAAUAUUCCAAUCUGCAUAUGGCUGAUGGACACUCAUCCAAAUAAUGCACCCAUGUGCUAUGUCAAACCAACAGCAGAUAUGCAUAUCAAAGUCAGUAUGUAUGUGGAUCACAAUGGCAAAAUCUAUUUGCCAUAUCUUCAUGACUGGGUGCCUCAUAAUUCAGAUUUACUUGCAUUAAUUCAAGUUAUGAUUGUUACCUUUGGCGAACAGCCUCCGGUUUAUGCCAAAUCAAGGUCAGAAACUCAACAGAGUUCAACACCAUACCCUGUUCAAUCAUUCAUGCCUGUACCUGGUACUGGAAAUGUUUCAAGUUCCGGCUUUCCUCCAUAUCCACCAAAUUCUCAAUACUCUGGCAGCAGUAACGUGUAUCCGCCAUAUCCAUCUGCAGCGUCCGGGGGAUUCCCGUAUCCAGGCUCUUACGGUUCUUAUGCAGGAACCACGCCCAGUUAUCCGACGCAAGGCUACAGUGGUUCAUUUCCGCCAUAUCCACCAGCUACACAACCAUCGCCGACGGUACAACCAAACUCCAGUGGAUCUGGCACGAUCACAGAGGAACAUAUAAGAGCAUCCUUGCUGUCCGCGGUAGAGGAUAAGCUCCGACGUCGACUUAAGGAGCAAUUCUCACAGUUGCAGGCCGAGCUCGAGACGCUGCGACGAACGCAACAAGAGCUAACGAGCGGCUCGUCUCAUUUGACAGAUCUUUUUGAUAAACUUAAGAGAGAAAAACAGGAGCUCGAUAAAAACGUGAAUAUCUUGCAAGAUAAGGAGGCCGAACUGGAAAAAGAGAUCGCCAAAUUGUCUGACAAUCAGUCGAUAGACGUUGACGAAGCUGUUACUACCAUAGCGCCGUUAUAUAAACAGAUGUUAAACGCUUUCGCUGAAGAAGCGGCCACAGAGGACGCUAUUUAUUAUCUUGCCGAGGGACUGCGAUCUGGCAUUUUAGAUCUGGACGCGUUCCUGAAACAAGUUCGACAAUUGUCGCGUAGACAAUUUAUGCUAAGAGCGUUGAUGCAAAGAUGUCGACAAAAAGCUGGUCUGGCUGGUUAAAAAAUAUCCCUCGUGCGCUUUGUCCUAGAGUUGCAAUAUUCCACUUUGUUAUAAAAUAUCUCAUUGUGUUAUGCAGUGAAAAUGGAACACAUAUAAUUUAUACUGGCAUCGAAGAGCACAAAAGAUUAUUUUAUCGACAAUAAGUCAAUCUUUAUGGUGUAACGAGAGAAAAACUGUUAUACAUGAAAAAGAAAAAAAAACAUUUUAAUAGAAUAGUAUAUGUGUAGAUACAGUAAUGACAGCUUUCAACUGUGAAAGUAGAUAAUUCUUUUCACACAAAAUAUAUUAUUUCUAUGAUAGUGCAUGAUUAGAUUAAUCACACUGUAGUCUGUGUUCACAGAAAACGAGUGCAAACCUUCAUUUUUUUUAAGGUGCCACAAAACUCGUUGUGUACCUGUAUUAUAAACUUUAUGCCUUCAUUGUGAUAAAGAUUGAAUAAACUUAUGCAUAGUAUAAAAAA